UGCAAGACAAGGGAUUCAAAGUCAAAGCUUCUUUAAUUUUCCUUCAACCUCUCUGCACUUCAAACUUGCUAACAGUAUACUGAAACCUUUGGGCCUGCAGAUGAUAGAGGAGUAUACUCAGGGUUGUGGACCGUCUUACUACAAGUGCAUUUUGUGUGCUGCACAUGGGAAAAAUUUAUCCAAUGUACCAUCAUGUGAUAGGAAAAAUCAUACAGAGAAAUAUAUUCGUUGGAGAUGUUUCCUGAAGGAUUCCAGUCUAACCUCUGCAGAAAGGGAGGAGAUCCGACAAAAAUUUAUUAUUGAGGAGGGAGUAGACUACACACAGAUUAAGGUUAUCAAAGGUAAAACAUAUUUUCCCCAUAAAUGGAAGGCACAAGGGAGGCCAGCACAAAGACCCAAAGCUGAAUAUUUCCCAGAAUCUUCAGCUGGAAGGGUUGAGAAUUACGAAGGAGUGAAGGCAUUCCUCAAGACAGACGUCGGAAAAACAAUUCCCGAAUAA